AUCAAUAAUCUCAUCCUCUUCCAGAUUUUGUCCCUCCCCACAUCCCAUUUAUCCACCUCCUUUAUCUAACUGCCGCUACAGCUGCACACUGACUCUGCUGGUGGCAGUGACACCAAAACUAAGCCAUGGCCUCGGCUGCUCUCUCCAUAGUUAAUUCAUCAUUUCAGGGGAACAGUAAAGGGUUCUCCGAAUUUGCUGGCCUCCGGACUUCAUCUUCUACCUCCUUCCCAUUUUCUCGUAGAACCCACGACGACUUGCUCUCUGUUGUUGCCUUCCAGACCUCCGCUGUUGGCGUGAAGAACAGCGACACAUACAGGAGAGGCGUUGUGGAGGCGAAGCUGAAGGUGGCCAUCAAUGGCUUCGGAAGAAUCGGAAGGAACUUCUUGAGGUGUUGGCACGGCAGGAAGGACUCCCCUCUUGAUGUCAUUGCCAUCAAUGACACCGGAGGUGUCAAGCAGGCCUCCCAUCUCCUCAAGUAUGACUCCACCCUCGGCAUCUUCGACGCCGAUGUCAAGCCGGUCGGCGACGAUGUCAUCUCUGUCGAUGGCAAACCUAUCAAAGUCGUCUCUAGCCGCAACCCCCUCAACCUCCCCUGGAAGGAAAUGGGUAUCGAUCUCGUAAUAGAAGGGACAGGGGUGUUUGUGGACCGUGAAGGUGCAGGGAAGCACAUAGAGGCAGGGGCCAAGAAGGUGCUCAUCACAGCUCCAGGGAAAGGUGACAUUCCCACCUAUGUGGUUGGUGUCAAUGCCGAUGCCUACAACCCGGCCGAGCCCAUUAUCAGCAAUGCCUCUUGCACCACAAACUGCCUUGCCCCUUUUGUCAAGGUCCUUGACCAGAAAUUUGGAAUCAUAAAGGGUACCAUGACGACCACUCAUUCCUACACCGGAGACCAGAGGCUUCUUGAUGCCAGCCACAGGGACCUUAGACGCGCUAGAGCAGCCGCUCUCAACAUAGUCCCGACGUCAACUGGUGCUGCGAAGGCUGUGGCUCUUGUUCUUCCCUCCCUUAAAGGAAAGCUCAAUGGCAUUGCCCUCCGGGUGCCUACACCUAACGUCUCAGUCGUGGACCUUGUUGUUCAGGUUACAAAGAAGACAUUUGCAGAGGAGGUGAAUGCUGCAUUUAGGGAUUCUUCUGAAAAGGAGCUGCUUGGGAUCCUAUCUGUGUGUGACGAGCCACUUGUUUCCGUGGACUUCAGAUGCAGUGACGUGUCAUCAACGGUUGACUCAUCACUCACCAUGGUUAUGGGAGACGACAUGGUUAAGGUGAUUGCUUGGUAUGACAACGAGUGGGGUUAUUCACAAAGAGUGGUUGAUUUGGCUGACAUUGUCGCGAACAACUGGAAGUGAUUUUGAUUCUACCAUUCGUCGAAUUCAUCUCUCCCUACCACCCUUUCUUUUAUAGAUUUUACUUUUUGUUGGAAUUCGCAAUGAGAAUGUAAAAACAUUUUCGCUUGUUUUGAAAUCUCAGCUUUCGAACAGAAGGUCCUCAUGAGGUUACAAAUUAUUCUAAAACCACGGAAGCUGUAGUAGGUCUAAGAGUUGAAUAUGAUUUAAAUUUGGCUAUAAUUUGGACUGCUGGUUCCUCUUGAAGUGUUUCGAAAGCUAGACUUCUGUGUCAUUAGUACUGAGAACCUAAUAAAAGUGCAUAUUUCUUGGAUA